CUGUCCUGCUGUCGCCUGUAACUUGGGAAGUCGGAGCUGCGGGCUGUGAUGUGUUUCUGAAGGAAGUGACGGGAUUGAAUUAAAAAGGAGAGAAACAAGAAAGAUCGAAACUGAACGUGAGAACGGCGGACCUGCGAUACCACCGCGAGUCGCGCAUCAGCUCCCGAGGAAGAAAAGUCCAACGUGGAGGUAGCCUCAAUGCUUCGCCGGGACGAGCCUCCGGAGAGGCACAAAGAGUGAAAACUUUGGGGGUGUUGUGCGCGAUACGACCUGUCUGAAAGCAGCGCCGUGCGCUCACACAGAGGUGGGAUGGACGCGUGGGAGCCUCUUGUUCAUGCCGUGAAGCGGAGCGGCCCGGCUGGUGGGAGACGGCCACGAAGUUAGGAGUCGCGCAGCCCCCCUUUGUGUCUCUAGGACUCGCUCUUUUCACGCUCUCGCUCGCCCUCCCCCCAUAGAUUUUUUCCCCCCACCAUCACUUUUUUCUUUUCUUUUCUUUUAAUUUAUUCCCGGAAUGUCUACUGCCCGGACUCGACCCCCUUCAGUUCAGCUCGUUUACUUUUUGGCUGCGUUUUGCCUCCUGAAUUGGGCUGCGAAUUGUUCUGAACUGAGAGUGCGGGUCCGGCUGACCAAUGGACAGGUCACCGAGGAGAUACUGGAGGCGGACAGCGAGAAGGACUUUAUCAGUCUGGAGUUCAAAGAAGGGGACGGCACCUUAAUCACUUUCAUCGCAGAUUUUAAACAGAACGUGAAGCUGUUCCGUGCAUUGAUCCUCGGGGAGCUGGAGCGAGGACAGAACCAGUACCAGGCGCUGUGCUUCCUCACAAGACUCCUUCCCAAUGAGAUCAUUCCCAGCGAGUCCAUGGCCAAGCUCCGGCAGAAAAAUCCCCAAGCAGUGCGAAUCGCUGAGGAGCAGCGGGGAGUGGAGCCUCUCACCAUGGAUGUGGCAGUAAACUUCAGCAAGGCCUCGCAGCUCAGUGCCCACAUCCACAACGUGUGUGCCGAGGCACAGGAGGCUAUCUACACCCGGGAGGUGGAUGUCAAGUACUGGCUGGACAGAGGUGCUGAUGGCUCCAUGUUUGAGAUCCUACCAAAGGCCAGUGACUUCCCUGGCCUACAGAGCUGCCAGGCGAGCGAGGACUUCUGGAGGCCGUGCACCUGCCAGUACAGCCUAAGACUAGAGUGGUACCCCUGUCUCCUGAAGUUCUGCCGCAGUCGGGACAACUCGGGCAAGGUCAGCCCGUACAAAUGUGGAAUUAAAAGCUGCCGCAAGGGCUACCAGUUUGACUAUUAUGUACCGCAGAAGCAGCUGUGCUUCUGGGAUGGGGAAACUUAAGAGUGACCCUCACUGCUGCUGGGCAGUGAUUUCUUAUGAAGUGCCUCUGUCUUUAUCUGUCUCUCUAUUUUUCAUUCUUGUGUUUUUACUUUUUUUUUUUUUAACUUAUUUUUGCUAACUGGCCACAAGACUUUCAAACGUCCAAAAUCCCAAAGGUGACAUGUGAGGAAUUUUAUUUUUAUUAUUUUAUUUGUUUUUUUUUUUUAUUUAAUUCCCGCUUCAAGCCAACAGGAACAGCCAUCUAUAACAGCUCUUUGGGAACAACUGGUUUUACCUGAGGAUUCUUUUUGAUUUUUUUUUUUUUAUUUACAGUUUAAAGGAUCCAAGGUUGGCCAAUAAGCACAAAAGUAGCAUUUUGGAAAACCAGGGAAAAUGGAACUGGGUGCUGAUCCCACUUCUCUGUGCAUGACUGUUAGGACACCUAGCAAUUGAAAAUGCAAUUCUGCCAGCCUCCUCCACUUCAUCAGGCCAUGCUGACCCCUUCACUUAAUAUAAUUGGGGUUGUCCUCAAGUUUCUGACGCCAUGUGUAGAGCUAGCCACUGCUCCCAUGUUACAAUGUAGGCUCUUCUCUGCUCCUUCUCAUGGAUGUGCCUCUCCUUUUGCUCAAUUUUGAUCAAUUUAACCCAUCCAGAUCCCCCUCAUAAUGAUAUUCCUUUCCUCAUAAUUACUUAUAUUAUUUUAUUUUAGCAACUAUACAUUUUCCCCAGUUCAGGUUAUAUUACAUGAAGGGAAGGGCAGAUGAUGAGAUGUAGCAAGUGUCCAUUCCACAACUGGGCUGUCGCCCUCUUUGUGUAGCCACCCUUUGUCAAAAAUCAUGAGCUUAUCUGUAGUUCUGUUGUACAAAUGUAGGCCCUUCCUCUGGUUCUCUGGCUCCUUCGUGAUGCAUUUAGUGACUUCUUUCCGCUUUUGUUCUUUAUAACAUUUCCUCUUUUUCUCUGAUGACAUUAGGAAGCCCCAGAUCUGCUCCCUCAGUAAGUAUGCAGGACAUUUUUUUUUUUUUUUUUAGGCCCCUUCAGUAUACUCUUUUGUAAUUUUUUAGCACAGCCUUUGCUUCCUCAUGAUAUCAGGAAGCUCCUCUUCUUCUUCUUCCUAAUUCAGUAUGGAGACCAUACCUUAUACAAUAAGGCGGCAGUUAGCAUGGGGGAAGCAUUGCAAGAAACUGGAGUUCUACUGCCAACUUUUAUAUAUACACAAUAUAUAUGUGUAUCUAUAACUAAUUAUAUAGACGCAGUUUUGCUGCCACGGGUUGAAAUACUGGAAACUAGGAACAAAAACCGAAUGCAAGUGCCUGUCUUCAUCUGAGGAUCUUCUUGCAUAACUUUAGCCAGCCUGUUCCUGUCUGAUGCAUCGUGACGUAACCUGUGCUCUAGUUUUACAAAAGUAGGUCCCACCCUGUUUCCGUUUGUGAUAGUUGGCUCCGCUUUCACUCCCUCGUGACAACAGGAAGUUCCACCUCUGCACCCUUAUUAAGUGUAUAGCGGCCAUGCCUUCUGCUGAUUUUUUUUUAUAUAUGUGAUCUUCUCCAGCUUGAGUAGAUAGGACUGUAAAGAAGGGACAAAUGAUGAAAGCAAAUAUGUCUCUCACCUACCCCUGCAAUAUCUCACAUUUAAUCUCUGUUCAUGUUUUCCUUUUUUUUUUUUUUUUAAGUCUGUACCAACCCCUGUGUUAGGUACAGUAGCCAUCCUUUGCCCCACUUUGGCCUCUCAUUUGUCCCAUCUUUGUUCCAUUCUGUGAUGUGCAGCCUAUCCUUUACCCCGGCUGUGUUCCUUUGUUAUAUUUGGCCCCUCCCUUUCCCCCAUUUUAUGUUUAACCCCACCCUUUUCACCCUUAUUUUGUGUUUAUCCAGUCCUCUGUCCCUUCAUGACAUAAGCAUGCCCCCUGCUGCAGUUCCUCAUUAAGUAUGUGGGCGACCCCUCAUAUUAAUAUUAAAAUAUGUAAUCCUCUUUCCCUUAGGGUGAAAUACUCAAAAGGUCAAAUGAGAAAACUGAUCGUUGGUCUUAAUCCCUCACAUCUCAAUGUGAGGCCCUUUCCUCUUGGUCCAUCGGGCGUGUCCUGUUCUCAUGUGACAAUUACCAGUUUAGGCUCAUCCUCAGCACAGUCAUGAUCUAUUCAGGCUCCCUUCUGUCACCACACUGGCAGACCUCAAGUUUGCUCUCUCAUUAAGCAGCACGCCAGUCUCAUGUUUGUCAUCAAUUUGUAACCUUCUUGAUUUCAUGAUGUAUUCCUGAAAGCGAGGAGAUGAGGAACUUGUAUGAGUGUCCAUAUCAACAAUACCUCUUACUGUUCUCAUGAUACUUAUAGCCCCCAUAAUGCUUCACAGUAUAAUAAGACCCCCUUCCUAGAUGCCUUCAUGCAACUCACUACGUGUUGCUCUCACACACCACCGUCAUACUCAACCUGUCUGCUGAUACCGAUUUCUGGAUCCUGUGGGGGUGUUGAAUAACUGACCAAAGCUGCCCUUAUUGUGCCUUAGUAAGUAACCAUUUAAAUGCUAUAAAGUGCCUUUCACUUGGAAGGAAAUGACAAAGAGCAGAAGCACACAAUGGAUUUGAGCUCCAGUGCAGAUCGCCACAUUACUGUCAUCUACGUGCCAACACUUCCACCACAUCUGGACAUCUUCUGUAGUCAGCCUGCAUAGAGGAGAGGAUCACCACAAGGAGGAUUAGAAUAAAGCCCCCCAAAAGCGUCAAUGUCUAAGAUUUCUCCCUCGCACAGUCCGCCAUAUUGUACAGGUAAACAGUAAUGGGAUUCCUCCCCCUGCCCACCCACAUGCCUCUUCGCACCAGUCUUUGUGCAAAGUGCCUUGGAUACAAAGCAGAUUGCAAACUGAACUAUUUUUGUACAAAAAAUUGUGAAAUAUAUUAAAAGGUUUAUUUCAAAGAA